AGUUGUGGGCCCCACACGUACAAUAUUCUAGGCCCACCACACGUUAUAUAUUGCUCCCCUACCGUCCAAACAUGCAACGAGAGCGCCUAUCAUUCCCAUUCAAAAACCUCAAAUGGAGAAGCGACUGAAACUGGGAAUCUCUCGGAUAUUCCGUUCCUCCCUCCGCUCCUGCAAAUCCCACACCCUCUCAGACGUCGCCAAGGAACCAGUUUUCCUGCCUCGGGAUUCCCGCCGCAUCCAAUCUCAUCCCUCCAAUCCUCCCCACUCCACCUUUCCUUCCCUCUGCCGGCCUAAAUCCACAAAAACCAUCAUCAGGAACAAACCCAAGUUCCAGAACAGGAGAUCAUCACCAUCCGAUACAGACGGGCGACGAUGCCCUCCUCCAUCGCCGGCUUCUCCUUUCAAUUCACACCAGUUGGAAGAAACUGAAAAGAAGAUCAAAGCAAAGAAAUUCAAAGGCAAGGAGAUAGUCGAUACAACGGUCCUAAGCACUUCAUCUGAUAGCCGGAGGUUCUUCAGCAGCGACGAAGAAAUGUUGAAAGAGACAGAGCCCUUAUUCUCCUCAGACUCUUCUUCUUCCAUUUCUUCUUCUGAAUACCAAAGAGUCCGACGUAGAAAGGCCGGUAACGGAAUUCGGGAAGUGGGUUUUCUCCCAAAGGCAAGGAAAUUUCAAGAGAGCGUCGCAGUCGUGAAGUCGUCGGACGAUCCGUAUGGAGAUUUUAAAAGAUCGAUGGUAGAGAUGAUAAUUGAAAACCAGAUGUACACGGCGGAUGAUCUUGAGCAGCUCCUUGGAUGCUUUCUGUCAUUGAAUUCGCCUUUCCAUCAUCAGGUUAUCGUCGAGGUCUUCUCGGAGAUACUCGAAGCUAUCUUUCCUAACUGUUCUUGAUUUGUGUUUUGAAUUUUGAGAUUUCUAGGUUUUUUUUUUCUUCCCUUCUUCUUAUAGAAUUUUAGAAGAUGUUUCUGACUUUGUAUUAUUAUUUAGAUUUGAAGAUGUUUUCUUGUA